AUGGACAAAGAAAAUACAAGUUCAAUAGUUUGUGUACCAUUAAAUCUUAGUACUAAUGAACCAGUAAUUCUUGAUGACAAUGAAUCAUUAAUUGAUAAUAAUGAACCACUUGUUCUUGCUAAAAACAAACCUGUUAUUCGUGUUCAUAAUAGAACAUUUGUUCGUAGUAAUAAUAAAUCAUUUACUCGUGAUCAUAGUAAAGGACUUGUUUCUGGUAAUAAUGAACCAGUUCUUUUUGGUAAUAGAAUUUCAAAAUUUGAACAUUAA